AUGGCACCAAUCAGCCGGCACCCUCAACCACCGACACUAUCUCAAUCCGACUCGGACGACUCCGAUGCCAGUUCGGACGAUGAAGCGCCCGAGGAGGUAUCGUUGUCGACGGCCAAGUCGAUCCGAUUGGAGCAGCAACGCCAGGAGGGAGAGAGGGGGAGGAGGUCAGUCUGGAUUUGAUGAUCUUACACGGAACCCCUUUUUUCCACUGAACUGAGGGCUGUACCGGAUUACGACCUCGCGCAACUUUUGACAGUGCGAAGGAACAACAGAGGAAGAAGAAUCAGGAACGCGAUCGCAAAUUGAAGGCGGCCAAGUUGUCACGACUGAAGCAGGAACAAGUCGAGAAAGAGGAUGAAUUCGCUUCAGAGGAAAAAGAUGUUCCCGAACACGAGCAAGAAGAACCUUUGUCACCACAAGCCUCGACUUCCUCCUCCUCCGUCCCCCAGGCAAAACAUUCUUACCUUGACCCGAGCCUGUUCGCUCAAGCGGGUGAAUUGUACAAACCUGCACCUCAAGUUGGACCGGGGGAAGGGAAGAGAGGGGCAAAGUUGAGGGCAAAGGAGGAGAAGAGGUUGGCGAGGGAGAGAAAGGAGGAGAGGGAGAGGGAAGUGAAAGAGGGGGGGAGUCGACAGGUCGGGUGCGUUGGGACACGGUGACCUGGAAAUGAGCUCGUACUAUCAGAAACGCUGAUUCGUGCUUGAUCCUUUAAUUCAGUGAGGUGACGAUCCAACAUUUGGUCACAACAAGUCGGACACCCGCCUCCCUCGCCACCACCGCCCUUCCCUCGCACACCUCGGCGGCCAAAUUCCUCACCUCGCGUCUCUACUCGACCAAACGUAAAGUUGCCGUCUUGGACCAAGGUAAACCCCGUCCCAUACCCGAGGAUUCUCGAAAACGAAGAAAGGACGGCAAGAAAGGGAUGAGCAAGGAGAGCAAGAUGCUACUGGGUUUGGGGAUGGAUGAUGGGGCCAAGGAGGUGAGCGAGCACGAGAUGCGGAGGAAUAAGAAGAGGCAGUUGUUGCUGCAGGCCGAGGGGACGAGGAAGGCUCGUGAGUGAGAUCGAGCUCUACUUGUGGAGUGGGAUCGAGAAACUGAUGAGUCAGCAUUGUGUGUCUUGCACACAGCUACGCUCGCUCGACCUUUGGCUUCGGGGAGGAAUAAACCGGCGGCUCAUUUCGCGGUGGCCAAGCGGGACAAGUAG